AUGCCAUUUGCCUAUCUUUUCACCGAGGCUGAAGGUUUUGCGGGAUCAAAAAAGGGAGUGAUGUCCAGAGUGUAUGAGACAUCUGUAGUUCUUCUGCUCCUCACACUCCUGGUGUUUGGCAUCGUAUGGGUGGCAUCUGCAAUUAUUGAUGAUGACUCAGCUGGAAGAGAAUCCCUCUAUGAUUUGUGGGAAUACUACCUACCAUACCUCUACUCAGGCAUCUCUCUGUUUGGAGUUCUUCUUCUGUUAUUGUGCACUCCGUUGGGCCUGUCCCGGAUGUUCUCUGUGACUGGGAAGCUAUUGGUCAAACCUCGGCUCCUGGAGAACUUGGAGGAGCAAAUGAGCUGUACUGCAUUUGAGGAAGCAGCCAUAUCCCGUAAAAUAUCCACAAAAGCUUCAUGCUGGCUAAAACUAAACAUGGAGGCUUUACAAAAGCGGCUUCUCACCAUCAAGAGUAACCGAAUUGCAUUAGAGAUGAGAAGGAAGGCCUCUCCAUGGCAGCGAAAUUUGGUUUAUCCUCUAGCCAUGCUGUUGCUCCUCGCACUCACAGGUAUCUCUGUACUGAUUGUGUGCUUCCAUGUCUUGGAACUUCUAAUUGAUGAAGCUGCCAUGCCAAAGGGGAUGCAGGAUUCAAGGCUUGGGAAGGUCUCUUUCUCGGUUUUUGGUCCUUUUGGAGCAGCUGUGCAAGUCAUCCUUAUAUUUUAUCUGAUGGCUGCUUCGGUGGUUGGGUUUUAUUCCUCUCCGUUGUUUGUAAGACUCCUUCCCCAGAAGCAUGACACAACUAUGACCAAAAUCAUUGGAAACUGUGUGUCCCUGCUUGUGCUAAGCUCUGCUCUCCCGGUCUUCUCAAGAACAUUAGGCAUCACCAGAUUUGAUCUGCUGGGUGACUUUGGACGAUUUAAUUGGCUUGGGAACUUUUACCUGAUAUUCUUGUAUAACAUUCUGUUUGCUGGACUCACCACACUCUGCUUGGUGAAGAAGUUUACCUGGGCUGUACAAGCUGAGCUCAUCCGCGCAUUUGGACUGGACAGGUUACCUCUGUCUGUAAAUAGGAUUCGCAGCCAAGGCAAGGCCUGA